AUGGCUUUUUACAAGUACUGUUUCCUUCUGUCUAUGAUCAUGGCAUUGUUAUUCUCAAGCACUGAGACGAGUUUAGCAGCUCGUCACCUCUUGGAUACACCAGCAGCUCCGCCUCCAGCAUUGACACUGCCUACAAUCCCGUCCCUGCCCAAGGCAACCUUGCCUCCACUGCCCUCUAUGCCAACGAUGCCUAAAGCCACAUUGCCACCACUGCCUAGCACGCCAUUACCUACUUUACCGACUCAACCAACUCUUCCUAAGCCUACAUUGCCACCAUUGCCUACAAACCCCUUGCCAACAAUGCCCACGAUCCCCAAGGUGGCACUACCUCCGAUGCCAGCUUUUCCGUUGCCCACCAUUCCAACCACAAUCCCUUCAAUCCCCUCCAUUCCAACUACAAUCCCAGCAAUUCCUUUCCUAUCCCCACCACCAUCAAAUUAA